AUGGAUGACCCGCGCUAUUCACAUCCCGAUUUUGGCACCAGAGAGGAAGACUGGCCCGAUCCCGAUAUCGACUCUGAUACAGAAGAAGGCCGCCAGAAGAUGGAACUGCUCGAAGCAGCUCACCUCGCGACCAUUAAUCGCGCCAUUGCUAAACGGACCCAGCAACCAUUGUACCCUGGUAUCCCGGAAAGUCUCUAUGAUAAGGCUCGGGACCACCAGGAUCAGCUGACUGACGAGGAGCGCUGCCUGCUGCUCAGCCGCGGCGACUUAGUCGGCAAGGUGCUCGCCUAUCCUGAUUCCCUUAGCGACGACGAGAUACAUGAGUGUCUGCAUUGGCCGCCGCCGAAUGUAGUUCGUGAGAACAUUCAACGCGCCACGGGAGGGACUUUGAGCACGCCCACGGAGCUCCACGCCAAAGCCACAGAAGCUAUAGAACGCGGACAGCUCAGAACAAUGAUAAGUGAAGACGCGAUUCUCCUGGCGACGUCCCGUUAUCAUGCUCCAAAUAGCAAAACAAACUGUGUGAAUGCGUUUAUGUCAUCCUAUCAUAUACCGGGAUAUAGGCAAGCUACUGUUCUGCUAUACCGCCGGCUAGGAUUAGAUGGUAUCGCUUUUCGGGAGUUUGUACUAUACUUCGCGGACUGGUCAAAACUCAGCUCAAUACGGUCCCGUGUCACCUCCCCUAGCGCCUCUGAACCAGGAUAUAUAAGGUUUACCAUCUUGGAUAUGGAUUUUCUUACUGAGCAACAUAAGAAAGGCAAGGUAUCAAACCAGGAUGCCAUUACUCUCAACUGGGCAUUGCUCAAGAAGCUCCGGAUUGCCAUUGUCCAUCCCCCCUUUGUUAGGGCCGCGGUUAAACAGAUGAUCAGCAACAUGGAAUCACUCCAAGAGCAGCAUCAACUUGGCAACAUGACGGUCCAAGAGGUAAUGACGCGCACUGCAGACUGUCUAGUGUCCUUGAGGGCCGAUUCCGCGUCGUUGCCUCCCGACCCCGACCCUGCUAUUGCUGCUCGCCGCUUAGACGAGGAUUGCGGUGGAUCUGGCCCUUGGCCGCCCACAUCGGCACCGCGGAAUCCCGUUUCCAUCUUUGCACGUGCCAACAAUCUCUCGGGCAAUGCCAUACCUUCGUGGCUUGACCUUUCCGAGGAUCAGAAGGAGGCUUACCGUGCUCAGUACGAGACGGCCCGUCGUGAGGCCUGGGUCGCACACGAGACUGCGACAACCGAGCCAGCAGUACAAAUAGGCCAGCCGUCUCCUCCGCGUAAUAGAGAACAGGGCCAGGACCUUCGAUGGCCAUAUAAUUUAGAAAUUCCGGGAGCCCCCAGAGAACGGCUUCCUGGGCUACCGAUGCCGCCAAUGAUGGUGACUGGCCUGCGUGUGUUCCGCGAUGAGCUGCAGGAACAGGUAUCGUUUGCUGAUGCCUGCGAUAGGUGGGACGCAUUGACGGAUGAACAAAGGGUGCAAUAUGAAGCCAGAGCCAAGGUGCUUGAUGACGCGGCAAAUACAGCUUAUUCCAUCACAUUUAGUAAUUUUAUGAAAAAUGGUUAUGAAGAAAAUCAGUAG